AUGUGCAAGCUGGUGAUCCUGCCCCUGCUGUUCGCCGCCGUGUCGGCCGGCUACCUGGGCGCCCCCGCCGUGGCUGCCUACGCCGCCGCCCCCGUGGCAUACGCCGCCCCCGCCGUGGCAUACGCCGCCCCCGCCUUCUACAAGGCCCCCCUGGCUUACGCCGCCCCGCUCGCCGCCUCGUACGCCAACACGUACAAGGUGUCGCUGAGCGCCGCCCCCCUAGCCUACGCCGCCCCCGCCUACUACAAGGCCCCCCUGGCCUACGCCGCCCCCGCCUACUACAAGGCCGCCUACGCCGCCCCCGCGCUGGCCUACGCUCACGGCCCUGCGAUACUCAAGUCGCAUAUAGGAUAUGGCUUCCAUUGA